AUGGUGCACUCGAUGCGGCCAUCGCUGCCUUCUUCGAUGGCUGCGGGCAACGGGGAUGGUGAUGAUGAUGGGGAUGAUGCCAACGAGUACUAUGCUGGCGGUGAGCGGUCCGGGGUGGCUGUUCAGGGCCGCCCGGACAAGCGCUCCAAGCGUGGCGAGGCGGCCGACAUGAUGGACGCCUUCAAGGCCCUUGGCGCCAAGCAGGGCGGGUCGGAGGACAUGGAUCCCGCCGCACAGCCUGCUACCACGCCGGCCUUUGCUGGCACGGGCUUCCGCCUCGGGAACACCGUCUCCGGCUCGACUCCGCUGCCGCCGCCCACGUCGGCCGCUGCCGCCGCAGGGCCACAGGGUCCCAUCAAGAAGGUUGUUCACAUGUGGGCCAACGGGUUCUCAGUCGACGAUGGCCCGCUGCGUGCCUUUGACCUUCCGGCCAACAAGACCUUCCUCGACCAGCUCAAGGCCGGUCGCAUGCCGUCCGAGUGGGCCGCAGAGCUCCGUGGCCGCGAAGUCGCGGUCUCGCUCAUGGACCACGGGCCCGAGGAGUACAAGGAGCCGCCCAAGCCCAAGUACGUUGCCUUUGCCGGCUCGGGCCAGACGCUUGGCUCGUCGUCCAGCGUCAAUGUCGACAUGACUCCAGUUGCUUCCGCGCCGGCCUCCUCCGCCGCGGGCGCUGCCGUGCCGGCCGCCAUCGCCGUCGACGAUGCCAAGCCCACCACCCAGAUCCAGAUCCGCCUCGCCUCGGGCGAGCGUCACUCGGCGACGUUCAACACCACCCACACCGUCAACGACCUCUACACCUACGUCCAGGCCCUCUCCCCUGGCGUCACUUUUGUCCUCCGCGCCUCCUUCCCGCCCAAGCCGAUCGCGGCCUCGGACGCCUCGCUCGCCGAUGCCGGCCUUCUCAAGGCCGCCGUCAUCCAGCGGCUGACAUAG